AGCUGACAAUCACUUUAUCUCCCCAGGGCCCCAGCCGCUCCCCCUCCCACCUUGCCAGGCCCGGCAGAGCUGUGACAAGGACCUGCCGCCCCUGAGCAUGGCACCCCCUGGAGGCCAGCGGCUGUUGGAGCGGGAGUUCUGUGCCCGCGGGUUCCAGGCUGAGGCCAAGCUGCGGGAGUCCCGGCGGGCGCCCCCAGGCGAGAAGCCCUAUGAGUGCGGCGAGUGCAGCAAGCGCUUCACCCUCAAGCAUCAGAUGGAGACGCACUAUCGGGUGCACACUGGCGAGAAGCCAUUCCAGUGCAAGCUCUGCCCCCAGCGCUCCCGCGAUUACUCUGCAAUGAUCAAGCACCUGCGGACCCACGGUGGCGCGGCCCCCUAUCGCUGCACCCUGUGCUGCCAGUUCUGCCCCAGCCUGGCUGCCAUGCAGAAGCACAUGAAGGGCCAUUGCCCCGAGGAGCUGCCCUCGGAUUGGACGAUCGAGACCACCUACCUCUACUCCUCCUCCACCUCCUCCUCCUGAGCCGCCCGCGCUGGUGCAGGCACUGGGGGACUCAUGCGUGGCCUAAGGAGGGCGCGGGAACCAGCAUUGGCGUGGCAGACGGAUCUGUGUUGGUGCGUGGCAUGGGGAGGGCGCGGGGAUCAGCGUCGGCAUGGCAGACGGAU